UGUAAUCAGACCGUCACGAUGAGAGGAAGGAAAAGCAGAAAAGACUACCGUACAGAAGAAGGAGGCAGUAUGAGAGAUCGCUCUCAGGGAAGGAGAAGACAGAGAAGCGUGAGCAAAGAGGACACAAUGGUCCAACAGAGUAGGAAAAAAAUGGCAGAGAAGAAGAAAGGGGCUGAGAAGGUUCUGGAAAGUACCAUGACUCCCGAUCAAAUAAUAGCUGAGAAGCCGAAAGAGGACACCAAGAAGAUCGCCUCUGCCGUGAAAAACGCAGGUACGUCUCUGGACGUUGAGCGCCACUGCUGGCAGCUAGACACCUGGCUGCUGGACGAGACAGAGGAGUCCAAACCUCUCGUUGAGGAUCAGAUGGACAAGCAGAUGGACAAGGAAAGUACAUCCGUCAUUCAAGCCACCAAGGGCUGCAAGCAGACGGUGCAGGAUAUGCAACAGGAAGAAGAGGAGCCUGUGAAAAGACCCCAGGCUUCCCACCAAGUCCAGCUUGAGGAGAACAGAAAGGAAACCAGGAAGAGUGCAGCUGCCCUGAAAAAAGCAGAGGAUCAUCUGGAGACUGAGCGCCUCAGCUGGCUGCAGGAGAAAUGCUCAUUGCUGGAGGAGAUGGAGAAAUCUGCAGCUCUCUAUGAAGCUCUGCUGGAUGAGGAGAGAUGCAAGAACAAAACCCUCGCGGCUGCUCUGAAAAAUGUUGAGCAGAAGCUGGAGAGUCAUCAGGUGGAGUGGCAGGAGGAAAAGACUUCCCUCAUUCAAGCCACAGAGGGCUUCAAGAAGACUCUUCAGGAUAUGCAACAGGAAGCAAAGGAGGCUAUGGAAAGAUCUCAGGCUUCCCAUCAAGUCCAGCUUGAGGAGCAAAGAGAGGAAACCAGGAAGAUCACAGCUGCCCUUAAAAGGGCAGAGGAACUUCUGGAGACUGAGCGCCUCUGCUGGCAGCAAGAGAAAAUCCCCCUGAUGGAGGAGAUGGAGAAAUCUGCAGCUCUCUAUGAGGCUCAGCUGGAUGAGCAGAAAUGCGAGAACAAAACCCUCGCGGCUGCUCUGAAAAACGUUGAGCAGAAGCUGGAGAGUCAUCAGGUGGAGUGGCAGGAGGAAAAGACUUCCCUCAUACAAGCCACAGAAGGCUUCAAGAAGACUCUUCAGGAUAUGCAACAGGAAGCAAAGGAGGCUAUGGAAAGAUCUCAGGCUUCCCAUCAAGUCCAGCUUGAGGAGCAAAGAGAGGAAACCAGGAAGAUCACAGCUGUCCUGGAAAAGGCAGAGGAACUUCUGGAGACUGAGCGCCUCUGCUGGCAGCAGGAGAAAAUCCCCCUGAUGGAGGAGAUGGAGAAAUCUGCAGCUCUCUAUGAGGCUCAGCUGGAUGAGCAGAAAUGCGAGAACAAAACCCUCGCGACUUCUUUAAGGAAUGUUGAGCAGAAGCUGGAGAGUCAUCAGAUGGAGUGGCAGCAGGAAAAGACUUCCCUCAUUCAAGCCACAGAGGAUCUCAGGAAGACGCUGCAGGAAAAGGAGCAGGAGUGGGAGGAGAAAGAAAGCUCCAUGAGGUCCCAACUGGAAGAUCUCCUGAGCAAGAAGAAGAAAAAGAAAAAAUGGUACAGAUGGUUCUUAUGUUUGGCCUGAUCUGGGUCUUACUUUCUAUACUUCUAAACGAACCAUUAAAAUGUCCAUUAGUCUUUGCACCAUCCACGCCAAAAGGAACGUCAUCGGCUGGUCAAGAUCACAACAACACAAAGGCUCUUUUAAGAGCCACCUGACAACACCAGACUAUACAGUAUCAGUAGAACCAGUACCCGUUCCUGAUCUGGGUCUGCAAGGGACUCCAUCUAAGUUUUCAACACUAACUGUCCUUUGCCGCUGAAAUGGUGAGCUUUGAAGGCUUUCUUCUGUGUGCCAGUCACGUCACCAUGGCAACUACAGGAACCACAGCAAUGAAGC